AUGGUUCCGCUUCUGCUUGGAGCUGGGUACAUGCAACUCCGAGCCAUCUCACAAUUUGCAGUCAAGCACGCUGGCGCCUUUUCCUCGUCAAUCGGCGUAACCAUUGAAGCGGUCUCAAACAUCAAGACAGUACAUGCUCUGUCUAUCGAGGACGAGAUCCUGCAGACUUAUAGGCGGUCGUUGCAGGCCCCACGGAAAGAAAUGGUACAGCAGAGUUUCAAAACCAAUGUAUGGUUGGCGGUUGCAAAUUCCUUUGGAGGCUUCAUUUACGCUUUCGCCUAUUGGUGGGGCUCCAAGAACAUUAUCGAGGGACGGUAUUCUCAAACGGAAUUCUUCAUCAUCCUGAUCUCCAUGCUUGUUUCCGCCCAACUGUGGGGACAGCUCUUCACCCUUGCCCCGGAAAUCUCCAAAGCCAAGUCUGCCAUCUCCCGGAUCUGCGGGCUAAUCGAGCUUGGCAAGGAUACCCCAAAUUCGACGUCUCGACGUUUGACUACAGAGCUCGAGUAUAGUGAGAAGGAAAAAGAUAUUGAGGCCAUGGCCGACUCAACCCCCCCAUCAUCUGCAACAGGUGGAGCUCGAGUCGUAUUUCGCGAUGUACACUUUGCAUAUCCUGCGCGCCCUGGAGUUCCCGUGUUGACAUCAUUAUCUCUUUCCAUCCAGCCCGGACAGUUUUGUGCCCUUGUCGGUCCUUCGGGUGCUGGUAAAAGUACCGUCCUAGCUCUGCUAGAACGUUUCUAUACGCCUUCUUCAGGAAGCAUUGCGAUCAAUGGUAUGGACAUUUCACGCCACCACGGUGUUUCCUUUCGAGACGAUAUUGCAUACGUUCCGCAGGAGAAUGUGUUGUUUCAAGGAAGUAUCAAAUUCAACAUCUCGCUUGGGGCACGACCCGGUCACGAGCCUUCAGAUGAGGAAAUUCAAGAGGCAUGCAAGCUCGCGAAUAUCCAUGAUACAAUCGUUGAGCUACCCCAAGGUUAUGACACUGAAUGUGGCUCGAAUGGAAACCAGCUUUCUGGUGGACAAAGACAGCGCCUCUCCAUUGCGCGAGCUCUCGUUCGAAAACCGAAACUUCUCCUCUUAGACGAGAGUACAAGCGCUCUCGAUGCAGAGAGUGAAAGAGCUCUGGAGUCUGGACUUGAACGUGCCGUCAAGGGGCACGGUGUGACAGUCAUCGCCAUUGCCCAUAGGCUCAGGACCAUUGCGAGAGCAGAUGUCAUUUUCCUUGUAGAAGGCGGCAAGGUCGUUGACCAAGGGCGCCACGAGGAACUUGUACAACGGAGCGAAAGCUACCGUAUCAAUGCUUUGCAUCAGAUGCUGGAUUGA